GAAAGUCCGAAAGCAACGAUCUGAAAACCAAGGUUCAUUAUGGCAGUGCUGAGAAGUCUUCUGCUUAUUUUCACUAUUUAUUCAAUGAUGAAUGCAGAAGAUGAAAAAUGCCCCGAUGGAUGGACACAUUUUGGAGUCAAAUGCUACAAGUACUUCCCGGAGUCAUUUAACUGGAUCACUGCAGAGAGAUUCUGUCAAACUUAUGAUGCAAAUCUUGCAUCUGUGCAAGAUAAAUUGGAAAAUGAUCAUCUGCUGAGCCUGGUGCCGUCUUCCACGCGGUCUUGGGCUGGCGCUCAGGAUGGUGAGCAAGAAGGACAGUGGAUUUGGAGUGAUGGAAGUCCCUUUAACUACACCAACUGGUGCUCUGGAGAACCCAACAAUGCAGGAGAUACAGAGAACUGCAUGGAGCUGGCCUAUAGCUCCAACCAUUGCUGGAACGAUCUGAAGUGUUCAUCAGAUGUUGCCUUUGUUUGUGCAAAAAACAUGCAAGAUCACAAGCAGUCAUCCUACUCCAUAGUUACGUGAUUGUACAUACAUUCACAUUUUCUGAUCUUAUCAUUUACAAAACAUGUUAAUUUGAAAUUAAAGGGAUAGUUCACCCAAAAGUGAUUAAAACAGUAAAACCAUUUCCAUUAAAACAGUAAUGUACUAUGGAAAACAAUGCAUUCUGUGAAAUAAUUUUCAUGGGAAGCAACUGCUGUUAAUUUACAGCCCAUUUUCUACACUAAUCUACUGUAUUUAUGCAUUAUGUUUUGUACUGUAUUUCGAAAUGCAUUGUGGGUUGUCCAUUUGAAGGCAGUGGCACUGAACGUUUCACAGGAGUUUGAGUAUGAGUCUUUGUCUAUCCGUGUUUGUGAUGCUUAUGACAGGAAUAUAUAAGAAGAAAACUAAUUUAAGUACGGUGGAGAGGGAACUUAGAAACGAGGAGCAUGCUCUUAAAGUGGAAGUGAAGCAGUCAGUCAAGUUUACAUUAUUUAGUAAACUGAUUUCCACUGUUAUAAAAAAAAUUAUAUAACAAACACGAUUAAAUGUAACCAUUUUAAAGGAAAAACGGAUGUUUUGUUAUAGCUUUUGGAGCAAUCUCUGGCUUUGUGCGUGUGUGCGCACAGAAACGUUCUAUCACAUUGCGCAAGUACCGCAUUGAAAUCUCUUUAGCUUACAUGGCUUAAAACACAUGAGAAUGAUAAACGUUGAGGUAGCAGCAGCCCGAUUACUCAGAUGAUUAAUUAUUGUCCUGUCAACAGCAGGUAAGCUAAUUGUAUUCACUGGUGAACAUAAAAUAUACAUACCACUACUGGUGUACAAGCCAGUGUAAUGCAAAUAUGUCUGAAAAGCCUGACAUAACAAUAAAAUGUGACAUGAACGAUAUUGUAUGAAGCGUUGUUUAUUUACAUCACGUUGCGCCUCAUGUUAUGAAAAGAAUGUUUGGGAUGCCACGAUCAAAACUUUGUGAUGUAGACAGUUUAAUGUUGGAUAUUCAUCCAAUUAUGAUAAAAAACAAAAACUUUUGUGUGUUAAAAUAACACUUGUGUUUUCAAAAAGUAACUUCACUGGCCUACGGAGCGAACCAAUCCCGUGACGUCACACACUGGUAUCGCAAGAUGGCGGCACCCUUGCUCCAAAAGCUAUAACAAAACAGUUUUGUUUCUUUACAGUGGUUACAUUAAUCGUGUUUGUUAUAUAUAUAUAUAUAUAUAUAUAUAUAUAUAUAUAUAUUAUUAAAGUGGAAAUCAGUUUACUAAAUAAUGUCUUCAUUUUGGUUUUCACUCGACCGGUGACCGGGUAAUUUUCUUUUUUUGGGUGAACUAUUCCUUUAAACUUGUAUCUUUUAUUCAAUCUUGAAUCCUUUCUCAAUACCUUCUCUAAAACAUUCAUCGAAUCAAUUAAAGCAUUGAUAAAGCAUCUUGUGUGU